CCUCACUCGCUCAAAAUGGAUUGCGUGCGUUCGCUGCAGACCUCCGCUUCUUCUUCCUCACAGUUCCUCCGCCACAAGCGAUUCGGAUUCCUCCACAGUCAGCUCCAAUGCCGUUGGAGCGUUGCGCCUCUCGGCCGUAAGAGAAGCUUCGCUCCUCUGCAUCACAAAUCGAGCAGUCUUCGGGUCCUCUGCGGCGUCGGCGUUUCUCCUCCUCAAUCCACAGUGGUGGAGAAGGAAACCAAGAUGAAGUCCAAGUCAAAUUCUGGCCAAGGCAAGGUUUGGCUUAAUAUCAGGUUGGAUCACCAAGUUGAGUUUGGUGAGAGUGUUGCGGUUUUGGGAUCAUCCAAGGAGUUAGGUUCAUGGAAGAAGAAGGUGCCACUGAAUUGGACAGAGAGUGGAUGGGUGUGCCAGUUGGAGUUCAAGGGGGAUGAGUCCAUUGAGUUUAAGUUUGUAACCGUACGGGGAGACAAGAGUAUGCUUUGGGAAGGUGGUGAUAACCGGGUUUUGAAAAUUCCCAGUGGAGGAAGCUUUGGGAUGGUUUGCCAUUGGAAUGCAAUCGGGGAGAAUGUAGAUCUUUUCCCAUUGGAUAAGGAGGAUGGUGGUGAAUAUAAUGGGUCUUCUGUUGCUCAAGUUGCUAGUCCAACUGCGAGUUCUGCAGAUGUGGAGACUAGUCCUUUUGUUGGUCAAUGGAAAGGGAAUGCCAUCUCAUUUAUGCAAUCAAAUGAGCAUCGGGAUCGUGAAUCAGGAAGAGAUUGGGACACUUCAGGUCUUGAAGGAGUGUCUCUGAAGUUUGUUGAAGGUGAUCAAAAUGCCAGGAAUUGGUGGAGAAAGCUUGAAGUUGUACGUGAUAUACUACUUGAAAGUUUGCGAAGUGAGGAGCGGUUGGAUGCUCUCAUAAAUUCUUCCAUUUAUCUGAAGUGGAUAAACACAGGUCAAAUUCCUUGCUUUGAAGAUGGAGGUCAUCACCGACCAAACCGACAUGCUGAGAUUUCCAGGGUUAUAUUUCAAGAACUGGAAAGAAUUUCCUGCAGGAAAGAUACUUCACCCCAGGAGGUACUUGUUAUCCGCAAAAUUCAUCCAUGUCUGCCAUCUUUCAAGGCAGAGUUUACUGCAUCUGUCCCCCUAACACGAAUCAGAGACAUUGCUCAUCGGAAUGAUAUACCUCAUGACUUCAAGCAAGAAAUUAAGCAUACAAUACAAAACAAACUUCACCGUAAUGCUGGUCCGGAAGAUCUAGUUGCUACAGAAGCAAUGCUAGAAAGAAUAACCAAGAAUCCUGGGCAAUACAGUGAAGCAUUUGUAGAGCAGUUCAAGAUAUUUCAUCAUGAACUCAAAGACUUCUUCAAUGCUGGAAGCCUUGCUGAACAACUUGAAUCCAUCCAAGAAUCCAUUGAUGAUAAAGGCCGUUCGGCUCUUACAUUGUUUCUGGAGUGCAAAAAGGAUUUGGAUGCUUCAGCUGAAUCAAGUAAAGUUUUGGGAUCUGAAUUAUUGUUCAAGACCAUGCAAUCCUUGAGCGCCCUGAGAGACAUAAUUUCUAAGGGUCUUGAAAGUGGCCUUAGAAAUGAUGCUUCUGAUGCUGCAAUAGCUAUGCGUCAAAAGUGGCGUCUUUGCGAGAUUGGACUUGAGGACUAUUCAUUCAUCCUUCUAAGUAGGUUCGCUAAUGAGCUUGAAGCUAUGGGAGGGGCUCUUUGGCUGGCACAGGAUGUGAAAUCUAAGGAUGUAAGCUCAUGGAAUGAUCCACUUGGUGCCCUUAUAGUUGGUGUUCAUCAGCUACGGUUAUCUGGUUGGAAGCCUGAAGAAUGUGUUGCUAUUGAAAACGAGCUCCUUGCCUGGAAAGCAAGAGGUCUUUCUGAAACAGAAGCAAGUGAAGAUGGGAAAAUAAUCUGGGGACUACGACAAAAAGCUACUCUUGAUAGAGCCAGGAGGUUAACUGAAGAAUAUUCUGAAGCACUUCUUCAAAUAUUUCCCCAAAAUGUCCAGGUAUUAGGGAAAGCUUUUGGAAUACCUGAGAACAGUGUAAGGACAUAUGCAGAAGCUGAAAUUCGCGCCGGUGUAAUAUUUCAAGUUUCAAAACUCUGUACCCUACUUUUGAAAGCAAUUAGAACUACGAUUGGUUCUCAGGGUUGGGAUGUUAUUGUGCCUGGAGCUGCUAUGGGAACAUUAGUUCAGGUUGAGAGUAUUGUCCCUGGAUCAAUACCCCCCACUGUGGACGGACCUGUUGUUCUUGUUGUCAAUAAAGCAGAUGGAGAUGAAGAGGUAACAGCAGCUGGGAGUAACAUUGUGGGAGUUGUACUUCUGCAAGAGCUCCCUCACUUGUCUCAUCUUGGUGUCAGGGCUCGACAAGAGAAGGUUGUGUUUGUAACAUGCGAAGACGACGACAAAAUUGCUGAUAUACAAAAGCAUAAGGGAAAAUAUGUGAGGUUAGAAGCCUCCUCAUCUAGUGUUGAUAUAUAUCCUUCAUCAGAAAACAGCACUGGCAAUUUUGUUGUAAAGAAUCUUUCAAGUGACGUGGCACGAAAAGUUGAAUCCCGAGGAACUCCUGACCCUUCUUCAUUUGCUGCUAAAACCCCAGUAUCCAAUCAGGGGGUAUCUGCUGGAGUUUUACCACUUGCUGAUGCAGAAGCACGAAAUUCGGGUGCAAAAGCAGCUGCUUGUGGUCGUUUAGCAUCUUUGGCUGCAGCGUCUGAUAUAGUUUUCAGUGACCAAGGGGUACCGGCUUCCUUCAACGUCCCUGCUGGAGCAGUGAUACCAUUUGGAUCUAUGGAACUCGCAUUAGAGCAAAGCAAAUCCAUGGAAUCAUUCAGGUCCCUUAUAGAUAAGAUAGAAACAUUGAAGCCGGAAAGUGGAGAACUUGACAAAGUAUGUGGUCAGCUCCAAGAACUGAUCUCUUUCCUACAGCCCUCUACAGAUAUCAUUGAUAGAAUAGCGAAAAUAUUCCCAGGCAAUGCACGGCUGAUUGUUCGAUCAAGUGCUAAUGUUGAGGAUUUGGCUGGAAUGUCGGCUGCUGGACUAUAUGAUUCAAUUCCAAAUGUUAGUCUUUCAAAUUCAACGGUAUUAGAAAGUUCUAUAAGCAAAGUGUGGGCUUCACUUUACACUCGAAGGGCAGUUUUGAGCCGUCGAAUUGCCGGUGUACCCCAGAAGGAUGCUACGAUGGCAAUCCUGGUGCAAGAAAUGCUUUCACCAGAUUUAUCAUUUGUGCUUCAUACAGUCAGCCCAACAGACCAAGAUCAUAAUUUGGUUGAGGCUGAAAUUGCUGCUGGCCUUGGUGAAACUUUGGCUUCUGGUACCAGGGGGACACCCUGGCGUAUAUCGUCUGGAAAAUUUGAUAGUAAUGUGCGCACGUUGGCAUUUGCCAAUUUCAGUGAGGAGCUACUGGGUGCUGGACCUGCGGACGGGGAGGUUAUCCAUUUGACUGUAGACUACAGUAAGAAGCCAUUAACUGUUGAUCCAGUUUUCCGUCGACAGCUCGGUCAGUGCCUCGGGGCAGUGGGAUUUUUCCUUGAGCAGAAGUUUGGCUGCCCACAGGAUGUGGAAGGAUGUGUCGUUGGAAAAGACAUAUUUAUAGUCCAGACACGCCCACAGCCCCUAUAAAUAUAUCUGUAACUUUUUGAAAGUUAUAACUUCAAGAUAAGUUGGUAGAAAGAAUUCUCCUGAUAGCAUAGUUUGGGGGAAGUAAAGUUGUAUCUGUGGUUUCAGAAGUUGUGCCACAUGUGUACUGGUCGCAGAUGAGAGCUGAGUGAGUGAUCUAUAGCCAACUCGAUGCAAGAAGGGACUGAUACAUAGGAAAUAAAAUGGCACAUGGUAUGUUC